UACUUCAAACAUAAUUAAUAUUUUAUCGUAGAGUAUUUCUGAAAACUAUUUUACAGUGAUUUCGAUAUGAAAAUAUUUACGAUUGUUUUUUUAACAGUCCUAUCCAGUUGUCUAGCUGCUAAGGAGUUUCCUGAAGACUUCCUGUUUGGAGCAGCUGGUGCAGCUUACCAAAUUGAAGGUGGAUGGGAUGAAGAUGAUAAAGGUGCCAGUUAUUGGGAUGUUUUUACUCAUAUACCUGCUAAAAUUUAUAACAACGAUACAGGAGAUGUUGCUUGUGAUUCCUACAACAAAUACAAAGAGGAUGUGGCACUUUUGAAAGAACUUGGACUAAAAAGUUACAGGUUUUCUAUAUCAUGGCCUAGAAUUCUGCCCGAUGGUACCCCAAUAAAAAUUAACCAAGCUGGUGUCGAUUACUACUUGAACUUAUUAAAGGAACUGAAAGCUGCAGGUAUUGAACCAAUAGUCACAUUGUACCAUUGGGACUUGCCUCAGUACCUCUCUGACCUUGGCGGAUGGCUCAAUCCACAAAUAGCUGAUUACUUUGGUGAUUUUGCUCGUAUUUGUUACAAAUUGUUUGGUGAUUACGUCAAAUAUUGGAUUACAAUGAACGAACCGUCGUCCACCUGUGUUAAUGGCUACGAACAGGGAAUACAUCCUCCAGGUGUGCCACUACCUGGUGCAGGUGCCUACCAAUGUGCCUACGUACAAGUAUUGGCGCAUGCAAAGGCAUGGCACAUUUAUGAUGAUGAAUUCAGAGCCCAACAAAAUGGUAAAGUUGGUUUGAACAAUGUUUGCAAUUGGCUCUACCCUAAAAGCAACUCAACUGAAGACCUAGCUGCCCAAGACAGAGCCAUGGAGUUUACUUGUGGACUAUAUGUCAACCCUGUAUGGAAUGGUAAUUGGCCUCAGGUCAUCAUUGACAGGGUGAACUACACGAGUCAGAAGCAAGGGUACUCAUUCUCUAGGCUUCCAGAAUUCACUCCAGUUGAAAUAGAUUACAUCAAUGGAACAUCCGAUUUUUUUGCUUUAAAUAUAUAUACGAGUUACCUAAUUGAAAAUGUUGCUGAAGAAGCUUUCCCAACCCCAUCUCUUGAUCAAGACGCCGCCUACAAUAUUUCCGGAGAUCCAUCUUGGACUCAAAGUGAUGCUGCCUGGCUCUAUUCUGUACCUGAUGGUGCUAGAAAGGUCAUCAACUACGUCAAUGAAAAAUACAAGCCCUCUGAGAUCAUAAUCACUGAAAAUGGAUGGGCUGAUUUGGGCCAGUUGGCUGACCAAGGCAGGAUAUCAUAUUUGAAAGACUACUUAAGUAAUAUUCUCGAUGCUAUAUUGGAAGAUGGUAUAAAUGUAACUGGAUACACCACUUGGAGUUUGUUGGAUAAUUUUGAAUGGACUGAUGGAUAUUUAUACAAAUUUGGACUGGUCCAAGUGGACUUCAACAGUGCCAACAGGACUAGAACGAUAAAGGAUUCAGCAAGAUGGUACCAAAAUAUAACUAGUACAAGACAACUUUUCGACUAAAAUAGUACUGUUGUUAAUAUAAAUUAUAAUAAAACCUUGAAAAAAAUCUUGUUAUGAAUUUCAAGACAAGACAAGACUUUAAUAUGCAAGAAAUUUCAAGAGUCUUGCAAGAUUUCUUGAAUUCAAUAUUUCUUGAAAGUUAGAAUACAUUUUUUUAAGUGAUAAUUAGGUCUUUGCGUAAGUUAUGUCGAGUUUAUAAAACAUUUACAUAGUCGUAAUCACAAUCAUAGUCAUAAUCAUAAAAGUUCAACUAUACAAUUCUUAUAAACCUGU